UUGACAAGAGUGCAGAUAAUGCAGACAAAACGAAAACAGAAAUGUCAAUGUGUAGGUAUGUAAAUGUGACAGUGACAGUAUUACUUUGCAAGAAUAUUUAGCCUCCUGGUUUACGAAUAAAAGAGAAGAUACGGAAAAGAAAAUGAUUAAACUUAUGCAGGAUGUUAAUUUGGAUUAUACCCUUAUUUUGCCGUCAGUGGCGGUCGGGAACGUCGGUCAGCUGUCCGCUGACUUGCUCAUUUCAAAUCUUAACCUGCAAAAAAUUGGCCAGAUCUUCAGCGCGGCAUUUGUGCCCAUCGUAGGCGCAAACGCUUAUCACGAAUCCUCGGACGAGCUUAUCACGGCGAUCGACGUCUACGCCGGUUCCGAGAAACGCGUCGUCGUCGUGCAGAUCCGUUCGCCUUAUGUGGGAGAGCUGACAGAAUUUUUCAAUGAAUUGGCGCGAUUCGUUACUGAAAGAAAAAUAGCUAAAGUGAUAAUCCUUGGGAGCAGUUACGAUUAUGAAAAGAGAGAUAUCCAGCCACAGCAUCUUAAAUUGAGAUAUGUAGCUUCAUCGGACAUACAGUCAGAGAGUGGCCCUUUUGACAAUCUCAAUUGGAUUUCACAUAAACCAAAAGUUACAUCUGAUACAAGGGUAGAAGGAAAGUUGCAGAUACCUGGAGGUGGAUUUGCAAAAAGUAUAUUUAACUUUUUGUCACGGGCUAAUAUUCCUUGUGCCAUCCUGUUCAAAUUCUGUUCUGAGGGGGAUAAUAUCGCAGACGCGAUAGCACUGGUGUGCUAUUUAAAUCAGUGGAUACACGUGUUAGAAACAAACGAUGGUAGUAAUUUAAAGUAUCCACCUUCUUGGAAACACUUAUUUGGAAAACCACCACCACAUGACAUUUAUUAAAUAUAUAUUGUGAUGUGUUGUAAAUAUUACUUUGUUAAUUUUAUAAUAUAAUAAAAUUUUUGCUACGGCUAUAUAUAAUUGAUGCGAAGUUUGGCAAAUUAUCUAAAAUAAA